GUGUGGAGAUUAGCUUAGGUGUGAGUUGCUCAUUAACAUUUCUUUUGUUUGCAAGGGUAGGAAAGGUGUCUGGUGGAGGGAGUCAUUAAGGCCACCUGGCAGGGGGUCUUCAUGAGGAAUUUGAGGUGUGAAUGGCUAUUAACAUAUCUUUUGUUUCCAAGGGUGGGAGAGGUCUGAGGUGUGAAUUGGUCAUUACAAUGUGUGACAAGCUUGGUAGGAACAUCCUGUGUUCAGUGUUUUGUCCAUCUGAAUACCUUGAAAACGCUUUGCAUGCAUUUUUCAUGAUGAAAAAAGGCUCUGGGACAGCAUUGGGAACUGGAAUAGUAAAAAAAAAUUUUCAAGAGCUUAUAAAUGCGAUUUGCCACGUUUACAAGCAUUUUGCAUUUGAAAAGGUGAUAAAAUCGACUGCUGAACGCAAGUUUUCUGCG